AUGCCUACCGUCCCCUCCUCAUGCGUCCCGCUCGCAUCUCUCGCCGACGAGGGCGUCCGGCUCGUCCCUGCCGGCCUCCACCUCCAGGAGGACACCGCCGGGCCCACUCCCGACCCCGACCUUGACGACCUCGUCCUCGUGCCCGCCGAAUCAGGCAAUGUCGUCACAUCGACGCAUGCCCCCGAGCUCCCCGCAGCAUAUGGCCGCAAAGCGGACGCCGGCCUCAGCGUCAAGCCCCGCCUAUCGCUAGGCAAUCUGGCGCUGCACUCCCCGUCCUCCAUCAUCGGUACUCCCUUUGACCUCUCCCCGCGCUUCGAGUACCCCUUCCCUACCCCACCGUGCGAGCCCGAAAUACCAUUGUCAAUGUCCGCGUCGCUUCCAAAUAUCCGUUGUUCUGCUGCUGCUUUUAGUAUGCCCUUCAUUGGCGGCGCGAUUGGUAGCGGAGCGCCAUCGUUCUCGACUCUGCCUCGCCCUCGCGCAGGCGUGCGCGGGUUCUCUCCGACUCGUCUGAAGCUGCGCCCGCGCGAACCACCCAUGCCGCCAACGCUGGCCAAAAAGCGGCGCAUCACACGGGAGAACAGGCAGCGCCGCGAGAGCGCGCCGGACGCCAUCUCAGAGAGCUCUGUGACUCCUACAAGAUCUCCGGGCUUUGGACGUCGGACGAGCGAUGAUACUGUAGUGAGUGACGAGAGCUUGGAGGGAAUGGAGGGCGGUAGCAAUGAGUCGAAGGAUGGGGUGUCUGUGGUGUCCAAGGGUGCCGAUGAAGAGCUACUCAUCCGUCCUGCGUCCUCUAGCAGAACUACGUCGGAGGUGACGCUUUCGGUUCAAGAAGGUCCUAAAACGCCACUUGAUGCGCUCGAAGAUCCUUGCUCAGCACCCUCGGAAUCUCUUGCUGUCGCGUCAGCCACCGCCAAUGGAUCCGCAGACGAGACACAUGCUGUUCCUGCCAUCGGUGCACCUGCCCCCGAAUCGCCUCGGACGUCUUCUCUGCCGGAGAAGGACAGCGCAUGA